AUGGUGGAUACCGCGCACAAAUCUUUGGCACUUUUGAGCGAAAUCACCAAUCUGAGAAAUCUUCAUUUGGAGGGAAUCACAUCCAAUCAACUACGAUCCAUUCUGGUCCGACUAGAGGAUGAAGGUCUGGUUCCGUUUCCGGACCAUUUGGUUUCUCACUACGAAGAGAACGACACGGAUUCAAAUGCAUUUAUAUCGGACGAGCUGUGGGACAAACUGAUGCAAUACUUGGAACAGAUAAGGGAACAAAUAACAUUGAGUUCGUUGACAGCUAUAUCCAAACACAAACGGGAACGUAAAAGCUUGACGAGUAGAAGCCGUAAUUUGACCGCAAAAGACCGCAAACGCAUGUCAUUCAUGAGACGUGGUAGUACACUACUGAACGAAACAGUCAGUUCACUUGCUCGCAAAUCUAUCCACAUAACCGAUGAAGAGCCGGAAGAGGAUUUAGUUGUCGAUAAUGCCGUUGUCCCCGAAGAACAUGCUGCUCUGUCCAGUUCGGCUUCCACUUUGUCCACUAUCUCAUCUGGAUUUGCGCUCGACCUGUUAAUCAAAUCCCCUCAACAGAUACGUGAGGAUGAGAUCAAAAAGAAAUACGAGUUGGAAGUGAACGCAUGCAAAGAAAUGUUUAAUGAAUCUAUGCUGUUAGACGAACAAACGCUUCGAUUGCAAAUGUUUAACGCAUUCUUGGCUGAAAAUGUGCACAAAAUAUUCCGAAACUUAGAGCAAGCCCAAAUGGACACGGAAGAAGGCAUUGGUAUACCGAGAGACUCCUUCUCCUGGCUUCAUGCCCAGCUGAUGGAACAGAUUCUCAAAGUGACAGACGGUCUGCCCGUGGAAGUACGUAACAAGCUAGAAAACGCAGUGGAAUCCCUCAUUGGAGAUUUGAAAACAAGUGCAGAUCAACACCAGAUGGAUGUCCCGAAUGUUGAGGUUAAAGCAGGGCAGAUGUUGGCCCCGGAAAUGAUGAGCAGCUUGACAGCGGCGGUGCGAACUAUUUUCAAAUAUCGCAUCGAUAAUCUGUUAAAAACAUCCCAAUUGAAUGACGAGGCUCGGAGGCUGGGCGAUGAGGAGAUUAAACAAGCUGGACGAAAACUGAUAAUUCAAGUUCAAGAGAUAGGGAAGAAUUUGAAGGAUGAACUACUCCAAGAAUCGCUUACACCUGCAGUGGUAUGCGCAGCAAUUAAUCAUGAAUUAGAAAAUUUGUGUAGAACGACUCAGUUACAAGUAAAAGAAGAAACUAAGCAAUUAAUACGUAGAAAAAAGCAACGUAGACCACGAAUGUCCGCUCAUGAUUCAGCAACUCUCCGACCAUAUGGACAUCGAGCAAGUCUCAUGCUACAACCUGUCACACCCCAGGAAUUAAAGAAUUUACAUGUUCGCAAGCCAAUUUCUGUGAAAGACGAAAUCCGACCACCUAUUCGUUUCUCCUUGGUUGAACAGUACGAAUCAUUUCAACCGGACAGCGAGGAAUUGGACUCUGAGAGUAUGAUAUCCGUCAAUGACGAAGAAGUGGAGCGCGUGAUGGAAAUGUUAAGGCAUUUCACAGACUAUGGAGCGGAGGAUAUGGAUAUUUUGGGACAGGUUUUCACAGCUCUUAAACGCAACUCCAGUAUAGCACCGGCAACAAUCUCCCAAACGCUACGUGAACAAUACAUCAAGGUGGUCACUCAGAACAAAUCACGGGGACAUAUUUCCCCUGAGGAGUUAUCCUCUUUAUCUGCAUCAUCGUCCUCGAUUCCUUCAAUAAAAUCAAUUGAUGUGGUAUCUGUAUCUUCAUGGAAAAAGGAGGUUUCAUUGGACGUAAAUGAAGUCGCAGAUAAACUGGAAAACCCUUCAGAAACAUUUGCACCGGCUGCUCAGGCAGAAGAUUUGUUAUCCCAACGUCGGUUACCAAAACCUGUGCCGCAAACGUCUGGCACUAAUCAACUGACAAAAUUACCACCGAAAACAAUGAAGUCCAGACAGAAAAAGACACAUUUAUCUAAAUCAGCAAAAAACGCACCGAAUGUGACCAAACCAGAAGCGAUUAGUUUUCCAACCCAAAUACUGGAAAAUGUAAAGGAACCGGAAAUGCUGAUUUCUAAAGCUCAAUUACUAGUCAUAUCCCCCACGAAAUCGGAGCCAUCGUUUCAAAAGCCCUCAAAGUUGCCAAAGACCCCAUCCGCCAAACAUUCAUCGUUAUCAAAAUCAACUCUCAAUUCACCUGCUCCGGCAAGAACUUCUAUAGACGAAACAGCAAAGAUCACGACCACUACCAUUUCGAAAGAGAAACACCCAACAACAGACUCAUCAAAAAGAUGGGAAAAGAAAGUAGAAGUUGUGGAGCCUCCGGUUGAAGAUGCCAGUUUCGUUACACCCCUGCAAACACCUGCUUUUUUCAUUGCAGAUGAUAAUCUUAAGUUGAGUGAACCUACUCUAUCACGGCCAGUUUCGAUAGACAGUACUAAAACUGAAGUUUCAGAGGACGAAACCUUGUCCAAAGCGACAAACAUGCCAAAGAAGAAAUCUUUGAAAAGACAGUCUACCGGGCGAGAACAGACUAUCUAUGGUACAGUAGAACUAAAGCAAAGACAAAGUGUGUUUCAGAACGAUCCAGAGGGUCGCAAAAUGGCCGCGUUUCUUAAGUCUAUAAGAGAAAAAAUUAAUGCUGAAAAAGGGAUCUCCCCUGAGUCUGAUGAAUUCUAUGAAAAUAUCCGUCGAAACUUGAUUACGAUUGCCACCAAUAUGGAAACCAAUGCGCUUCCCAAAUUAACUAUGACCGAAAUACCCCUUUUUGUGCAUUUACCGGCAGAAGAACAGCUCACAAUUUAUCCUGAUUUAUCCGAUAUUCUGCUGAGGAGUGCCACCCCAAUCGACUUGGCUCCUGAACCGACGGAACUUCCGUGUGCGCGCACCACAGACAUCGGUUCAACCAUAGAGGAAUCAACAGUUCGAUCACCUCGGUUCGACCAGUCAGUUACACAUACGCAUUUGCCCUCACCGAGCAUUUCUAUCCGAUAUAGUGACAAUCUAUUGCAAGUGUAUACAGACAGAGAAAUGGGAAUCAGUGUGCAAGGAUUGGAGUUGGACAAGAAAGAGCGGCAUUCAUCCAUUCCGUUUGGUCGGGCAAGCAGCAGUAAGGAGGAUGUUACAAACGUGUUGCACACAAUGAUGGAAGGAGUAUACACAAUAGGCCAUGUGAAAAUACCCUGUAGUCCAAAAUCCACGGAUGUUGUUCUGCCAGUCGGUGAACUUGUCCCAUCCGAUAUGUCUCCUUCACGAUUGGCAUUGUCUGUUGCGGAAAGCCAAAAGUCCUCAACUUCCAGAAGAGGACAACAGCAACAGCAACAACAAUACGAUAUUGUGAGCGGUGAAGUAUACGUAGAAACCAGCAGUGGUGUCAGCUCGUUCCGUUCUUAUUUGCCGGAGCUCGCAAUAAAAAUCAAACAGGAUCCGGAAAAACAACAUGAGACAAAAAAAGAACCAAAACGAAAAAUUACCAAACUACCGGAUCUACCAAAAAUGCAUUUAAAACUACCAAAGCUUCCCAGCAGCUCCAUUCUUCCACCCGGAUCACGUGUAGUCCCACGACCAAGCUGGAUCCCCUGUCAUGAAUGGUCCCGAAUGAUUGGUCCACGGACUCGGGUUGUGAUGCGUCACAACCAGCCAGAAGAGGAACGACGAUGGAUUAAAAAAAGCGAGCUUUCUCACGUAUCAUCGAGUACACUACAGUCCAAAUGCGACCUAUUCCACGUACUUCAUACAGCCACCAUCAGUCACAAAUCUCGUGCUUUCUUAUCACCUAUACGCGGUGAUUGA